AUGGAACUAGUUGAGCCUACCGUUUUGGCCGAACUUACUGAUUGGAUCGAAACUCUUGCUUUGGCCAACACCACUGCUUUGGCUGAAUCUGAACAUGCUAGUUUUACUGAUGAUAUUGAACCAAUUUCACCCCCUGCUUCUCAAAUUGUACCCGAUCAAGCUCCCCUGGAAAUUCCUAAGAAGUAG